UGAAAGAACAAGAACAGACAGGAUCCCACCGCCUGCAGCUACGAGGAAACGCUUGUUACCGUCAGCAGAGCUGAGGUUUCCUGAAAGGAGAUUCAAUGACCAGAAAUAUGAGGAAACAUCUUCAGAAAACCACGCUGUCCUGCAGACAUGAUGGAGGUUUGAUGUCAGGAACAUCCAGCAGCUCCCCAGGAGGUCUGCUGGUGCAGCAGAACAUCAGCUGGACUUUAAGUUCCAACCCUGAAGGAUGCAUGGAGGAACAUGCAGAAACAAUAGACGUCCGAGUGCUGUCCUGCAGGCCCGCCUCCUCCUGCUCCUUCUCCUCCUCUUCCUCCUCCUCCGGGACGGGGAGGGUUGAAAGGGACUGGAAGGAGCCAGCUCUUUUGCUUUGUUCCCCCUCUGGAGCUCCGGGAUCGGGACGGCGCGGCUCGGGUUCCGGGCGGCGGUCUGCCGUCAUGACGGGCUCGGGUUCGAGGUUCGGGGUUCUGCUGCUGGUGCUGGUUCUGCUGCAGACGGUGGUGGUGACCUUCACGGUGCUGCGCUUCAGCGCGGCGCUGCACGCGAUGAAGGAGACGUUCGCCAGGAGCAGCACUUCCUGUCUGACGGGCGCCAACCUGCAGAGCUUCGCGGCCGUCCAGGGCGAUCCGUGCUGGCAGGUCACUCAGCAGCUCCACCUGCUCAUCGAGAAGUCGUUGUCUCAGCGCUACCAGAGCCAGCUUUCAUCGGCUGUCAGAGAUGAAGUUUCUCGGGUGCUGCCGUCUCUUGUGAUGGAGGACAGAGCGUCACUUCAGCCCAAAGUGGCAGCUCAUGUGACAGGGAGCGUUUUUCCCAAGCUGCAGCAGGGAGGAGGAGGAGAAGGAGGAGAAGGAGGAGGAGGAGGAGCUUCGGUCUCCCUCCAGAGGAGGGUCCAGGGCCAGAAGAUUUCGUGGUGGGAGGGGCAGAAAGGGCUGGCGUUCCUGCAGGACGUGGAGCUGGUGGACGGGGAGCUGGUGGUACCCCGGCCCGGCCUCUACUACAUCUAUGCCCAGACCUACUUCAGACACACCCACUCCCUGGAGGAGCAGGGUGAGGAGGGCGAGGACAGGGGGAGGCCGCUGCUGCAGUACGUCUAUAAGAAGAUGAGCUCAUACCCCGUUCCCAUCUUGCUGAUGAAGACGAGCCGGACCUCCUGCUGGUCUCGGGAUUCCGACUUUUCUCUGCAUUCGGCUCACCAGGGAGGCCUCUUCCCGCUCAGCGCCAGCGACCGGCUGUUCGUCACGGUGACCAACGCCUCUGCUGUGGACAUGGACGAGAAGAGCAGCUUCUUCGGGGCGUUCCUCGUCAGCUAGAGAAGCAGCAGAGCUUCAACCAAACUGAUGCGUCGCUAGAAAAUGAACAAACCCGAUGAAAGGAAAGAGACAUCUCUGGAAGACUGUCAGACUCACGUCGGUUUGUAAAUGAAUCCAAAAUGGACUUCAAGAAGACAAUAUUUUUGUUAUUUUUUUGGUUGAGUUUCGACAUUUGAAUAAACUGGAAUUUAUUUUUAUAAAAGUCUACACUAGAGGGUGCUGUUUCCUCACUUUGUGCAGAUCUGUUGAAUUUGUAUGAAGUGAUUUUUGUACCAUCAUAUUGCAAAUAAAAGUUACAGAUUUGAGAUCAAAAUCGGCUAAAUUCCAAACAAAAUGUAAAGUGUUGAGAAUAAAAUUUCAUAAAUUGCAAACUUCAUAAUUUGGUGUGGCACAAACAUAACGCUGAAAGAAAAAUUUGAACGCAAAGUCAAAGAUAUGGUGAAAGCGAGAUGAGACACUAAGCAUCUGAAAACUUUUUGCUGCAAACGAAAAUAUUUUUUGAAAGCAAAAAUAUAAAAAGUUUGCAAAUGCGAAAACAUGUUUUGAAAGAAAAAAAGAUUUUUGAAAGAAAAUGUUUAUUUUCCUUUGCAAAUUAUUAAGUUUUCUUCCUAAACAUUUUGUUUGCAAUUUUGAAACUGUUGAUCUCAAAUCUCUAACUUUUGGUUGCAAUAUGGUGGCACAAAAUCCCUUAAAAAUGUUUUUUGUCGUGUCGUUUUUAUGAACUGACCUUAAUGAUGCAGGUUUCUGAAUGUAACAAAUGUUCUCCAACAACAGAUUCUAACACAGCAAGAAUGAAAAAAAGAUUUUUACUCAAACAUUCUAGAGAGAAUAUUUUUUUAACCACUGAACUGCAACUAGUUUUUGAUGUUUUUCUGAGCUGAAAACCCAAAAAGAUGUUGAUGUUGUUAGAAAACAUCUAAAAGGGAGUUUUUGCAUUUAAAUAUGUAAAUGUUGACUUCCUUUGUCUGGAACAUGAGUAGUUACUUCAAAAUAAGACAGUUCCUGCCUUUACUGAGGUAAAAAGUCAAAAUAAAAUAUUUACUUUUUUAAUUUUCUUAAUUGUGAAACUAUUUCAUGUAAAUAUUUAUUAAAAACGAAGUUUAAAACGUUUGA